AUGAGCGGAUAUAUUCCAGAUUUGUUUUCAACGCCUAGGGGGCAGCUUGUAACUACGGCUGUUAUCUCUGGUGCUGUCGUCGCUUCACUCAUUUUUGGAUAUCAGGCCUUGGAAAGGGAAGAGCGGCUGUCUGCGCUAAAGAGCUCGAUUCCGUCAAUAUCUGAUGGGAGACAUCAUACGACCAAGCUCAAUAGCUUUGGAGGUUCAAUCGAAACCAACGAGGAUAAAGAGGAUGCACGAAAUCUAGCUCUCGCGCAGCGUGCGCGGGCCGGAGAUUUCGACGAAGAGCUUAUUCUAGAGCAACUAGCCCGCAACCAAGUAUUCCUCACCCCCGUGGGCCUAGAAAAACUACGCAAAUCCUUCGUCAUCGUGGUCGGCUGUGGCGGCGUCGGAUCCCACUGCGUUGCCUCACUAGCCAGAUCAGGCGUAUCAAAGAUACGACUCAUUGAUUUUGACCAAGUCACGCUCUCGUCGCUUAACCGCCACUCCGUUGCGACGCUGGCAGACGUAGGCACACCAAAGGUCCAAUGUCUGCAGAGGCGGCUGGUGGCCAUUACACCCUGGGUCCAUUUCGACCUGCGGCAGGAAAAGUUUGACGGUGAUGGGGCGGCUGAGCUGCUGAGAUCUUGGAAAAACGGGCAGAAGCCUGAUUUCAUCAUCGACGCCAUUGACAACAUUGAAACCAAGGUUGCCCUCCUCAAGUACUGCCACGACAACAAGCUACCUGUCAUAAGCUCCAUGGGCGCCGGCUGCAAAGGCGACCCCACAAAGAUUAUCAUUGGUGAUAUUGGAAACAGCACCGACGACGGCCUGUCUAGGGCUACGCGAAGGCGUCUUAAGCUACUGGGGGUGACGAAAGGCAUCCCAGUUGUAUACUCUACCGAGCAAUCCGGCGAAGGCAAGGCCGAGCUGUUGCCACUCGACCAAGCCGAAUUCGAAAAGGGUUCCGUGGGCGAUCUUGGUGUAAUGCCCAACUUCCGUGUACGCAUCCUCCCCGUGUUAGGCACCAUGCCCGCCAUCUUUGGCAUGACAGUCGCCAACCACGUCAUUCUGAGCAUCACGGGCUACCCUGUCGACUAUGCGCCGGCCAAGGGGCGCGACAAGAUGUAUGACGGGAUUGUCAACUAUAUUCAGAGCUGCGAGGAGAAGCUGGCGCGACUCUUUGAGCCUGAUCUCGUCGGGCUGCGAUCGCCCAUUACAGUCGGCGACGUGGCCUUUUUGACGGAAGAGGUAUAUCGAGCGCGCAGCGCCAUUACUGGCAUCCCGACCCGGCUCAUGCUUAUCCGCUGGCGGCGGCCGGAGGCGAUCAACGUGUCCGUCAUCGGAGAAGGAGCCGGGGAGGAGCAAAAAUGCUCCACGAUUCGGCUGCGUGACCUGGUGUGCAUGACAAAAGACGAGGCGACUCGCCAUGAAAAGCAAAUUUUCAAGGCAGGGGUUCAGGUGGAGGACUUGUACGAUACGGAGACUAUUGCCAGGGUCGAGAAGAGGAUGGCGCAGGCAGCGGAGUACGAGAACUACCGAUGGUGA